CGUUCAUUUAAUCAAUCAUUUACUCAAUCGUUCAAUCAAUCAGUCGUUCAUUCAAUCAACUGUUAUAAUCAUUGAGGAUACCUCAACUCGUCAGUUCUUCAUUCACUUACUCAUUGACCAUGGGAGAUACAGUGAUAAAUCAAAAUAAUAUCUUAGAUGAUACUAUUGAAAAUAACAAUCAUCACAAUACAAGUGAUCCCAUAAUAGUUACUUCGCCUGAUGGUAGUCACCUACUUCAAUUAGAUCAUGAAAUAGCUGAUAUAUCCACCGAUACAAUCACUGAACAUCUUCAUAAUGAUACCCAUAAAUCUUCAACCAUACAUCCAGAUUUCAUCUAUAAUAAACAUAAUGAAUCCAUCUUUGAUGAUGAAAGAAUCUUUCCAAGUUUACAAUCCUCAAGUGAUAAUUCAAAUCAAGAUAUAGUAAAAUUCGAUGAAAAGAAUCCUGAUUUAAUUAAUAAUGCCACUUUAAGAGCUUUAAUAGUUCAAUUAACUUCACCAGAAGUAAUUGAUUAUAACUUAAUUUGUGAUUUCUUUUUAACUUAUCGAAUCUUUGUAAAUAGUGAAAAGGUAAUGAACCUUCUAUUAACAAGAUUGAUUUGGUCAUUACAAUAUAUAAAUUCAAAAGAUGAAUCAAAUAUAAAAGUUGGUAAACUAGUAUUAUUAAGAACAUUCGUGGUCAUUAGACAUUGGAUUAUCAAUUAUUUCAUAGAUGAUUUUGAUUCAUAUUCUGGUAUCUGUGAUUUAUUUUCGUCAACCAUAAAUGAUAUAACUAAUAAAUCAAAUUUAAUUAGAAAGAAUAAUAAUAAUGAUAAUUCUCAACAACAAGAAGAAGAACAAACUAACGACACUGAUGAUAUUGAUGACCCAAAUUUUAUGAUGUUCGAAAAGAAAAUCUUAACUGAUUUAAAAAUACAUUGGUUGAAUCAAUUAAAUGAAUUCUGGCAAUUAAAUAUCGAUAUUGAAAUUUUAAUUCAAAAUAAAUCAAUUUUAAAUUAUAUAUUACCCUUAACUAAUGAAAUUUCAAACUUUAAAAAAUUAUCAAAAUCAACUACUGAUAUGUCAAUUCAUACAAAUCCAUCAUAUAGAAGAUCUGCUAUGCUUUCAUUAUACGAUCAUCAAAAAGUAAAUCAUAAAAUGAUCAUAUAUGAUCAUAAUAAUGUCGAUUAUAUGCCAAAGGAUGAAAAUUAUCCUCAAUAUUCCAUAAAUAAUUUGUUAUUACAACAUCAAUCAUCUCGUAUAUCAAUUAAUACUAAAUUACAUGACUUUCAAAAUCAAUCUACUCGAUCACCUAUACCAUUCAAUUCAAAUACAAAUUCAAAUUUAAAUUUAAAUGCAAUUGUUAAUAAUGCUAAUAAAAAUCAAUUUAAACGUCCUCCUCAUAAUCAUUUGAAUCUUAAUGAUUCAUCCAUCGCAUUAAAGAAAACAACUGUUAAAAGUGGUAAUGAAUUAGAAAAUUUAAUGGAAAAUCAUCAACUGAAUGCUACUCCAAAGACUCAAAACGAAGAUGAUAAUGAACAAGAUGUUAUUCUUUAUGUAAGUUCCCCAGCAUCAUCUUCUGAAAAUUCAGGAUUUUCCACUAAUGGUAAUAUAAAACUUCCAACUUCAAAAGUAACACAAAUUUUACCACCUACUCCUGUUAAAAGAAUGGAAUAUUUCUUAAAGGUAGACUAUACUCAAUCAUCAAAUUCAUUAAAUAAUGCAUCACCUACAAAAAGAAGAAAAUCUUCUUCAAUACUGGGACAAUUUGCAAGACCUCAAACAGCUUAUCUUGAUGAUAAUGAAGAGUUUAUUGGUAGAAAGAAUUCAAUCAAGAAAUUAGUUGAUGGUUUUAAAAAGUCAAUUUAUAAUACCAAAUCAAAUUCAAGUAUUCAAUCAUCACAAGAUCCAAAUAAUACUGAACAAUUGAAUAGAAUGUUAAAUAAUGCUAUCAAUGUUAUUAGUGAUCCAAAUGAAAAAUCCAAGAAUGUUGAGGUUGAUUCCGAAAUUGGAACUAGAACUGAUAUUUUAAGUGCUAGAAUAAUAGAUGAAUUAGAGUUCUUAAUUAGAUACUAUUUCCAAAGCGAUUCUCAAACUGAUACUAUUAUUGAAGAUGAGAGAACUACUAAUUAUUAUCAUGAUACUCAAAAUGAACGCACCAGUAAUAGAAUGGAUAAGUUUGUUGAUGUUGAUCUUGAUGAUCUCGAUUUGCAGGAAGAAUCGCCAGCUAAAAGACUUAGAGUUUCCAAGAAUGAUGUUAUUGAUUUAGACGAUAAAGCACUUGAUGAUGAAGAUGAUAACAAUAAUAACAGUGAUAUGGACAUUAAUGAUUUAUCAGAAUUAAAUAUUGUCAAAAUUGAUAACCUUAUAAAUGUGAAUGAUGCCAAGUCUAUAAAACAAAGUAAUGAAAAAUUAGUUUCUACUGAUAACUUAUUAAACAAUAUGUCUCAUGAGUCUUCAUUCCAAAGACCUAUAAGUAUUAACUGGAAUGAUGAAGGAGAGUUGAAUCUUGAUCAUUCUGAAGAUCCUGAAAUAUUUGAAGAUAGUGUUUCUCAUCAAGAAGACGAUGAAGAUGAUGAUGAAUAUUUAAUGCAACCCAAAGAUUCGGAAUUUGUAUUUCAAAAAUCAAUUCCCUCUAAAAUCAAAACUGAUCAUUCAUUCGAUUCAUCUGUUUCCACUCCAAGUAAUAUGACUCAAUAUGGUGAAGAUAUAGCUGAUUUGGGUAUUGCAUUGAGUCCACAACUGAUGAAACAGAAUGUUAGAAGAAUCAGUUUUAAUGAUAGUAUUAGAUCAUCCCAUCAUCGUAAAAGAAUGUCAAACUCAAAUGGCUCAAUGUUUAAGAGAGAUUCCGUAAAAUCUUAUCUCAGUUAUGAUUCAGCAUUUUCAAUAUCAAAUGGUUCUCGUGGAUCUUAUAAAAAUCACAACGAUGGUUUUGACUUUGGGUUAAAAAAGAAAACUGGAUUUAAUAAUUUGAGACCUUCAGAAAAUACCAAUAAUAAUAGUGAAGAGGAAGAAGAAAUACAACAUGCAAGAACUUCGUCGAGUGGAAAAUCGUUAGACUUGCCAGUAAGAAUUAAGUCUACUUCAAGUUCGUUUCCGUCUAGAUCCUCAUCCUUGCAUAGAAGUGUUAGAUUCAGCACUUUAUGCGCUCUAACCGAAUUACCAUUUAAUGAAUGCCAAAGAAAUUCACAAUUCACCAAUGAGCAACGUUAUUCGUUGAAUAAAAGAAACUCAACCGCAUCGGGUGAAGGUGGUAAUGAUAGUUCAAUAUUUUCAGUUGCGGUUAAAAGUCGAAAGAAUUCAGUUAAAACUACAAAUCAUGAUAGUUAUAGUUCUUCAACUAAUUCAGUUGCUAUUCCGGGAAUCAGCAAUUAUGUGUUGAAAGAAUUAGCUGCUAUACCUGAUGAAUCAUUUCAAUCCACUAAUCCAGUUGAUUUCGCAUUAUUCAAAUUAGAAGGUAAACCAAGUUCAGAUGCGGUCAUUUCAUCAAAGGACAAAGCAAAUAUUAACAAUGAUGGUAAUACUCAAGAUAUUUUAAAUGAAAUUAAUAAUGCCCAUACUAUAGAUGUAAUUGAGUAUACUCAAGUUGAUGUAACCAUGGAAGCACCUUUAACUCCUGUUAAGAAAUCUUCGCCAGUUUCAAAUCCAUCUACUUCAACCCCUAAUAAUGAUAAUCUUUUUGUUUUAAGUCAUUCAAAUUUAAAUAGUAGAGCUACCAGUCCAGGUAUUAAAUCACCUAAAAGGAUACUAGAAAAUUAUACUAUUUCUUCGGAAGCAUUAUCAAUUGAAAAUGUUAUAAAUUCAAAUUCUCAUAUUUCAUUAGUUUUAAGUUAUGAUUCCCAAUCUUUAGCUGAACAUUUCACUGUAAUUGAAAAGGAUAUGUUACAAGAAAUUGAUUGGAAAGAAUUAAUUGAAUUAAAAUGGAAUAAAAAUUUAACUCCAGUUAACAGUUGGUUAGAAAUCAUUGUUAAUGAUAACUUUUAUAAUAAGAAUAAAGGGGUCAAUUUAGUUAUUGCUAGAUUUAAUUUAAUGGUUAAUUGGAUAAUUUCAGAGAUUUUAUUAACAACAAGACAAUCGGAAAGAAUCACAAUUAUUUCAAGAUUUAUUCAUAUUGCUCAAAAUUGUUAUACAUUACAAAAUUAUUCAUCCAUGAUGCAAAUUAUAUUAGCGUUAACAUCUGAAAAAGUUCAAAAAUUAAAAGAAACUUGGAAAAGUUUAAGUCCAGGAGAUAUUUUAAUUCUUAAGAAUUUAGAAGAUUUAUCUUCACCUUUAAAGAAUUUCCUUAAUGUUAGAUUAUCAAUAAAUCAAAUGAAACCUUCGAAAGGUUGUAUACCAUUUGUUGGAUUAUAUCUUUCAGAUUUAAUUUUUAAUGCUGAAAGACCAACAUUAAUUAAAAGAAGAAUUCCAUUAAAAGAAGUUUCUCCUCCAGAUAAUGGUGAAUCUAAAGCAGCUGUUGAUAUUAGUAAUUCAACUAUGGGUUCAGAAAAUGAAGACAACGUUUUAAUCAACUUUUCUAAAUUCAGAACAGCUGUUCAUAUAGUGAAAUCAUUGUCACAAUGUAUAGAAUGGUCAUCAUGCUACAAACUUAACAUCGAUUCAGAAUUAUUAUCGAAAUGUUUAUAUAUUAAAUCAUUAGAUGAAGAAGAAAUGAACUACUGUUUGCAAGCACUUGAUGAAUUACCUCAUUAG